AUGAGCCUUCCGCGAGUAUUUUUCGAUAUCAGCGCCAAUGGAGAGCCUAUGGGAAGAAUUAUAAUGGAGUUGCGAUCAGAUGUAGUACCCAAGACUGCAGAAAACUUCCGAGCUUUAUGCACUGGAGAAAAGGGAUAUGGCUACAAGGGCAGCAGUUUUCAUCGAAUUCUUCCAGAUUUUAUAUGCCAAGGGGGAGAUUUUACAAAUCACGACGGCACUGGUGGAAAAUCCAUUUACGGAAACAAAUUCGAGGAUGAGAAUUUUAUUUUGGCGCAUACCGGCCCAGGUGUCUUAUCUAUGGCCUGUUUCGCACCGCAUGCUAACGACAGCCAGUUUUUCAUUACAACUGCCAAAACAAGUGUGCUUGACAAUCACCACGUUGUGUUUGGUAAUGUUGUUGUUGGCAUGGAUGUUGUGUUUAAAAUGGAGUCAUUUGGAUCCGACAAUGGCAAACCUUCUAAGAAAGUGAUAAUUACUAAUUGCGGUCAACUCGCUUAA